AUGUGUCUCGUCAAUGAUAUAUCGUUGGAAAUCACUGUCGUUAAUAGUGGCUCCGAGACUGUGACCGUACAGUCACGGGGCCAGCAGAAGUUCCUCGUCCCAUGGGGUCCUUCAGCUACCGAAACGAAUACCCUCGACGGUCGCCGCAGGGUCAUUGAUCAGUCAGAGCUGAAUCGUCUGCCCACAUCAAGUUUUCUCAUCGUCAAUGCCGCGACUGGUAAAAUGAUGCACAGGCAACAGACCAGCAUCUGCCAAUUGCGGCAUGCGAAAACCGACCUGAGAGCCAAGAUGGAUGAGUUGGUCACUUUGAAACCUGGAAUCCCAUUAGUCAGUUUAUUCGAUAUUGGACGCACGCUCCGAAGCCUUGAGGAUGGCCGAUAUAUAGUUCGGAUGCGUCCAAAGGGUUGCACAUGGUGGUGUGGUGAGCUGGAGAAGGAAGAGGGAGAAGGCGACAGGGUUCCCGCCCGUUUGUGGAAGGGUUUCACUGUUCCAAUCAUGCUGGUUUCAGAAGAUGAGUUGGACAUAACCAUCAAGGAUGGGAAAGUCGAUGGAAAGCCACGACUGAGGCUGGGAUCCAUUGCGCCUAACUUCCAGGCGAAGACCACCCAUGGCGACAUGGACUUCCACAAGUUCUUGGACAACAAGUGGACUAUCCUCUUCAGCCACCCUGCCGACUUCACACCUGUGUGCACGACUGAGCUUGGGGCCUUUGCGAAGCUCAAGGAUGAAUUCGAUGCGCGCGGCGUCCAGAUGAUUGGCUUGAGCGCCAACGACUUGAGCUCCCACGACCAGUGGAUUGCCGACAUCAACGAGACCUCCAACACCACCGUGCAGUUUCCCAUCAUCGCCGAUGCCAACCGCCACGUCGCUUUCCUCUACGAUAUGAUCUCGCAAGACGACCUCGAUGCGCUCCAGAAGAACGGCGGCAUUGCCUUCACGAUCCGUUCGGUUUUCAUCAUCGACCCAGCGAAGAAGAUCCGCCUCACAAUGUCAUACCCCGCAAGCACGGGCAGGAACACUGCGGAGGUACUGAGAGUUAUCGACAGCCUGCAGACAGGAGACAAGAAGGGCAUCGCUACACCCAUUGACUGGCAGAAGGGCCAAGACGUCAUCGUGCCACCCAGCGUCAGCACUGAGGAUGCCAGGAAGAAGUUUGGCGAUGUUAGAGAGGUCAAGAAGUACCUGCGCUUCACUAACGUCGGGCAAUAG